GGCGAAGGCAGUGACUCGUGAAAAGCGUUUCAGGUUCUCCGAUGACAUCCAUUCCUGUGAUUCUGUUCCUCUGUGUUCUCGCUUCUCUCUUUCUGAGGAGCCUCGAAGAGUGACAUCAACACCCACACACGAAAUAUAAUAUACCAAGUCUCACUAGAAUGAGAGCCGAUUAAUUUAUGUCAGUCCACUUUCCGAGAUCUUGUUCUGUGUCGCCAUCCUUGUUCUCUAGUCCAAAAGUUCAACCCUUUAUGUAAUCUAGUAUUGCAAUUUCAUUGGAUGCUCUUCUUCUGAUCGUCGGGAACAGCAGGUGAUCGAGUUGAAUUGAUUAGGUUUUAUCCAAUGGGAGAUAAGCACGAAGAGAAUCGGACUGAGAGCAGCGAUUUCACUUCAGAGGAUGAAGGCACCGAGGACUAUCGACGGGGAGGUUACCACGCUGUGCGAAUCGGCGAUACCUUCAAGAAUGGUCGCUAUGUUGUUCAGAGCAAGCUCGGCUGGGGGCAUUUCUCCACCGUCUGGCUCGCCUGGGACAUCCAACUUUCUAGAUACGUGGCUCUGAAAGUUCAAAAGAGCGCUCAGCAUUACACGGAGGCUGCCAUGGACGAGAUAACCAUUUUACAACAGAUUGCAGAUGGAGACCCAGAAGAUAAGAAGUGUGUGGUGAAGCUUUUGGAUCAUUUCAAGCAUUCAGGUCCCAAUGGACAACAUGUUUGUAUGGUAUUUGAAUACCUUGGGGAUAAUCUUUUAACUCUUAUCAAGUAUACUGAUUACCGAGGAUUGCCAAUGAACAUGGUUAGAGAGAUAUGCUUUCAUAUUUUGGUUGGAUUGGAUUACUUACAUAAGCAGCUUUCUAUAAUACAUACUGACUUGAAGCCUGAGAACAUCCUCUUGUUAUCAAUGAUAGAUCCAUCCAAGGAUCCUAGAAAGUCUGGUGCUCCCUUAAUUCUACCAAAUGCUAAAGAUAAAACAGCACUUGAAUCGGUGAUUGGGAAAGAAAUGAAAGCAUUAAAUGGGGAUUUAAUACAGAAUCAUAAGAAAAAGAUUAAAAGAAAAGCUAAGAAGGCGGCUCAGGGAUGUGUAGAGAAGGAAGCUUCUGAGGAAGUUGAGGGGGAUCCUGAAACAUCUGGUGCUGUAGAAUCAUCUGCCAAUGCAAUAUUAAAUGCAGGUUCCGCAGGAGAACAACCUUCUAGUCCUGCAGGCACCAAGAGGUUAUCAGAUGAUGACGGGACCAAGGUAACCUGGUCAAAAAACCAGGGUAACAAAAGAGGAAGCCGUUCAUUGAGGCAGAAGUUACUGAAAUCGGUUGACCUUAACUGCAAAUUAGUUGACUUUGGCAAUGCUUGUUGGACAUAUAAGCAGUUUACAAAUGAUAUUCAGACAAGACAAUAUAGGUGCCCAGAGGUGAUCCUUGGAUCAAAGUAUUCUACGUCAGCAGAUCUUUGGUCCUUUGCUUGCAUUUGUUUUGAGCUUGCAACUGGUGAUGUACUAUUUGAUCCUCAUAGUGGUGACAAUUUUGAUAGAGAUGAGGAUCACUUAGCACUAAUGAUGGAACUUCUGGGCAUGAUGCCUCGGAAGAUUGCACUAGGGGGCCGUUACUCCCGAGAUUUUUUCAAUAGAUAUGGUGAUCUGAGGCACAUCCGUCGAUUGCGAUUUUGGCCCUUGAGCAAAGUUCUCUUGGAGAAAUAUGAUUUCAAUGAGCAAGAUGCCAAUGGCAUGGCUGACUUUUUGGUUCCUAUUCUCGACUUUGUUCCUGAGAAACGACCAACAGCUGGUCAGUGCCUUCUGCAUCCAUGGAUGAAUGCUGGUCCUUGCCUCUUGGAGCCGUCAGUGCCAUCUUCUAAUCACAAUUCAGCUGCGGAUGGUGCUGCUAUUUCUGACCAAAAGAAGAAGGACAAGGACGAGAGAGAGGCCAUGGAGGCGGGGAUGGGAAAUAUUGCCAUCAAUUCAGACUCUAAACCGCACACAGAUUUAUUGGCGAAAGCCUGUCAAAGCAGUCAGAAGUAGUUGAUCUAGCCAAAAUCCUCCUGGUUGUGCAUCUUGGGAACUUAUUUAUUCUUAUAACAAAUCAACGUAACUCAAUGGUCUAAACAAGUUGGUUAUUCUUUUAGUAUUCUCACGGUGUAAGAAUGUGUUAUCUUGUGCCUUUCUUCUGCAACUUAUGGUAACUCAAAGAUGGCCGUUUGUUACCACGGACUUGUUUGUCAA